GGGGCUUUAACAACUGAAUCAUAUCAAGAGCAAUGCAGUAAUUUGAUUAUAUCGAAUACAGAUAUUAUUGGUGGUAUUGUAGCUCAACAUCCUAUUCCAGGAUUAAAUAUAUGUUCUUCAAAUAUUUCUUAUUGGGUACCAGGUAUAAAACUUGUGAAUUCUAGUGAUGAUUUAGGUCAAAAUUUCAAUACACCAGAACAGGUGAAGAAACGAUUUACAACGACCACUUCAUCAACAUCAUCACCAUCAUGCUCGAUGAUAAUGAUCGUCGGUCGAGGAAUAAUUGAGUCAGAGAAUAUUCGUGAAGAAGCUGUAAAAUAUCGUUUAGCAUCUAUUCAAUAAAUCUAUGAAUGAACAGAUGUCAUGAUAGAUAGAAUCAUGAAAGUUAAUGCUACAAAUUCUGAUUAUUUUUCUAGAUUACAGUGAUCAGAUUUUCAGAAGAUCGAUUCAAGUAUUUUUCCAAAAAAUUGUUGUGAAUAUUAUCACGAAAUUAAAAAAGA